AUGUGGAACAGUUCAAAUUGCACCAACAAUUACCGAUUCUCGAGCAUCAUGGCGAACAUGACCACCCAGGCCAUAAUCGAUAAAGUGUGAGUGAUUUUUUGUUGGCGAAAAAGGCAUUUAAAGGUGGUGUCCAACGUGACAUACAACAUUUUUUUACAAUAAACUUCAAAGUGGGGCAUUCACUAGAUUUUUCCUAGAUUUUUCUAGUCCCCGGAUGGAAUUCCCCUUUCUUCCGAUUUUUUUCUUAAAUUUUCAAUCGUUUUUUCACUGAACACACUUAUUAGCAAUAUUUGAAAAAAUUUAUGUUUUUUUCUGUGCCGUGACGCCAAAAAAAUCGAUAAUCUGAAACUUUCAAAAUUCAGCAAAAUUUAGACAAAAUUCAGAAAUUCAGAAAAAAUCAGUCACUUUUUGUGCCGCGUCUAAAGUCUCGGAAAACCCGCAAAUCUCGCGGAUUUUGCAGUCCAAAUUCGGCAGAAAUUUGCGGGAAAUCCGGGGUGCGUAUUUUUUGAAAAUUUACCCAAGAAAUUUGAGAAAUUUCAAAUAUUCUCGAGAAAUUUAAAUUUUUUCAAAAAAUACCGUAGUUUUAUGGUGUACGGUAACACUCGUUCAGCUGUGCUCACCCCGGAUUUCCCGCAAAUUUCUGCCGACUUUGGACUGCUAAAUCCGCGAGAUUUGCGGGUUUUCCGAGACUUUGGACGCGGCAAAACCGAAAAGAUUGAGCGAAAAACCCGGAAAAACAACAAAGAAAAGUUUCAGAUUAUCGACUUUUUUGGUGUCACGGCACAGAAAAGAACAUAAAUUUUUUUAGAUAUUGUAAGUAAGUGUGUUCAGUGAAAAAACGAUUGAAAAUUUAAGAAAAUUGCACGAAAACGGAAAAAAAUCGGAAAAAAAAGGGGAAUUCCAUCCGGGGACUAGAAAAAUCUAGGCCAGCUCUUCCAUUUCGCCGUGUACUUCUCGCCGGUACCAUUAACUUUUUUGAAAAAAAUCUUUAAAAUCGGGGAAUUUUUUUUCGUAAUUCGGGACUUUAGGAAAGUGAAUGUCCCACUUCGAAGUUUAUUUUAAAAAUAUGUUGUAUAUUGGACACCACCUUCAACAUCAUUUCAUUUCAGGGUUCUCGCCAUUCGAAACUGCUCCACGCCAAAAGGUUCUUGAAAAGUUAUAGUUCGAAAAAAGUUGAUAAUUCUUUCAAGAUUCCGAUUGCAAAAGUUUCAUCGCUGACAUAAAGAGCACGUGCAUUUUUCUGCCUCGAGAGAAACUGGGUGGGUGAAGUUUGUAAUCGAACGCUGCGAAAUUUAAAAAUUUCCUAAAAGGCUAGUCCACGCGCCCUUUUCAAUUUCAGAAACAUGCACCAAUGUAACCAAUGCAGCGGGUGAAAUUGUGUGCAAGGCGAACAAAACCAGUGAGUUUGAGUUUCUCCAUUCUUUUUUCCUCAGCUAUUUUCAACUUCAGUCGCCGGCUGUGCCUACUUUCCGAUCAAAGUCGACCCAAUAAUAAUUCCCUCGACCCGCACACUUCCGAUCUCGACCAUUUCCACUCGGAUUCCGACCGCCGUCACCGAAGAAUCCGCCAACAUCAUAUUGUUCGUGGCGAUCGGCGUGGCCGUCUUUCUUCUUCUGGCUGCCAUUGGGGCCGGAAUCUUUUUCUGGCUGAAAAAGAGAAACGGAGGAGCGGCUCCGACUACUGAUCGAGCAGAAUCGAAGAGUUCGAAGGAGGAGGCCAAGAAUGCGGCGGUCGAGGCUUGA